UAUCAGUUCUUCAGUCUAUCAUGUUCUUGGUUCUGAUAUAAGUUAGUUGGGUUACAAUCUAUGGUAGAUGUGGGUUCUCGGGCAGGCUGGGAGCGUGGGAUUGACUGCCAUUUCAUGUGUCUGUGUGGCGCGGACAAUUUCUACGCUUUGGCUGGGAAUCUUCGCCAGUUUGAUUGCAAGAAGUGAGGGUCAAUUAGGAAUAUAUGAACUUGAAACUAAUCCUGAUGCGGCUACAGGAGUAUACGUUAUCAAACUACAGGAGGAUGGAUAUGCCAGGGCGGAUACAUCUGCUCGGUACAACGGAACUAUUCUUCAACCUAUUCUCAGUUACACAUUUUGUCAUAGGGUCCAGCUGUACUAUACCCGGCCUAGGAUGUACAUAACUACGUAUGCGUACAGCAACGAAGAAACUGACGAACUUUUUUCAGAAUUUCAUCUCGGAAGAAAUGCGUUCAGGGUUUGCAAGACAGGAACCAAGUACUGCAGCUGGCACUAUGAGCUACCCCCUUUUAAUGUAUGGAGAUAUUUCUGUAUAACCUAUGACGGAUAUAGAGAUCAGUACAAGCUCUUCGUAGACGGAGAGAAGGUUGAUAGUGGAGCAUUCGCAGGAGAUAAAUCUGCAGAACCAAUCCGUCCUGGUGGAGUAUUUAUUAUAGGUCAGGACCAGGAUGAGCUUGAUGGAGGAUAUGAUCUUCGUCAGUCCUGGUCCGGAGCUGUAACACAGUAUAAUCUCUGGGACUUUGUGAUAGAGGAAUACGACAUUAAAAACCUAGCAGAGUGUAGAGCUGACGUAUUUGGAAAUAUUGUCCGUUGGUCUGAAGAGUAUUGGGAGGAAAGGAACCUUGAUGUUGAAUAUGUUCAGACCUUUACUCUGUGCAGUGGUAAGGAGGAGGGACCAAGUUAUUUUCUUUUUCCCGAGGAUUACAAUUUCUUCUUCUUCACUUCGUUUUGUCGGAAUUUAGGAGGAGAAAUACCAGUACCCAACAGUGGUGACGAGUACCAGAGCACAAUGGAUAAGCUGGAGGGUAUUGUAAGAUCUGAUGUACAUGAGAAAUGUAUCAGUGCAUCUGGAAGUUUGACUGUCUGGGUUGGUGCCACUGAUACAUGGGAGGAGGGGGUAUGGUCCAAUCCAAUAUCUAGAGAACCCCUUGCAUUUCCUGGAUUAUGGGGGGAUGGACAACCCAAUGGGGGAGAUCUUGUGAAUUGUGCAACCACAACUGGAGAUAGGAAAUGGGAAACACAGGAGUGCAGUUCUAAGUCCUGCUCAGCCUGCAAAUUUGAUAUGAGGAUAAAUCUUACAAUGAGAGGAUUCUGUUUAUCUGAAACUAAACUCAUGGAAGGAUUUUUUGAUUCUGAAUAUUUUAUUGAAGGAUUUAUCAAUGAAAAGGCUCAUUGGAGGGGACCAGGCAAAAGUCACAUCUACUAUAUUAAGAGUGAUAAGACCUGGAGACUUGAGAGCUUGUAUGAUGUGGAAAGGUAUGCAGAGUUGACAUCUGACGAUUCUAUACCAACCGCCUUUUACCCUAUUGGAAGGAAGGAGUGGAAGGUGAGUUCUGGAAUCUGCUUAAAAGAAAAUCAGGAGAAGCAUAUGAUGACACUGACAAAUUGCAAGGGCAGUGAAGAGUUUACUUGUGAUGACGGGUCUUGUGUUACCAUUGGUCAGAGAUGUAACCUAAUCACUGACUGCACUGAUGCCAGCGAUGAAAAGAAUUGUGACAUCCUUAAGAUAGAAGAUGAUUACAGAAAAGAGAUGUUUCCAAGAACUUCAAAUGGAGACCCACUCCAAAUUUAUAUAAAAAUCUCAGUUUUAGCCCUCCCCAAAGUUGACACGCUGGAUUUAAGUUUUACAGCAGAUUUUGAUCUAACCAUGAGCUGGGUGGAUCCACGUCUCAACUUUUAUGAUCUCCAGGAAGCUUCAGAUCUAAAUUCACUCUCAGACAGUUUAAAGUCUAGAAUUUGGUCACCUUCACUAAGCUUUACAACUGCCAAGAUCAUUGGAGGAACAGUUGUAGACGCAUCAGUUUCAACCUUUGUGGAAAGAAGCGGAAGCCCUGCUCCUGAUAACACAUUAAAUGCUAUAGAAGCAAACAUAUAUGAAGGAAAAGAUAGUAGGAUAAGUAUGACCCGUGAGUAUUUUAUUGACUGGGCCUGUGACUAUGAUCUUGUCUACUAUCCAUUCGACACUCAGGUUUGCAAGAUGGUGUUUGAUAUGAGUGGAGGUACUAAAGACUAUUUAACAUUAGUCGUUGAUGAAGGUGUGGAAUAUCUUGGAAAAGAAUACUUGUUAGAGUACAAGGUUGGAGGCAUGCUGAUGAAAGUUUUAAACAAAACUGAAUCCAAAUUUGCAUCAAUGAAGGUUUCCCUGAUUCUAACCCGACUGUGGUUUUACCAUGCAAUAUCUGUUUUCCUGCAGUCUAUUCUACUCCUUAUUGUUGCCUACAUGACAUUCUACUACAGAGUGGAUAACUUUCAAGACAGAGUAAUGGUGUCUAUAACAUGUAUGCUGGUCAUAGCUAAUGUUCAGACAAGUAUAAAUGAAAUGGUGCCGAAGACAUCCUACUUAAAAAUGAUAGAUUAUUUUCUAAUUUACUCAUUUAACAUCAUAAUUGUAGUUAUGGCCUACCAUACCUAUCAAUGCGCUCAUGUUGAAGAACUAUUCUCUCCAAACAAGAAUGACAAAGCAAUGGCGAAAAUGAAAAAGCUGGGUGCAGGAGGGAGGAGAAAAAAAGACAACCCACAGUUAAAGAAACAGCAGGUGAACAGCUUCUUUAUUCAGGGUGGAGACCCUGUGGAUAAACUCUCAGAUGCCAGGAGAAUUAAUAAACAGGGACAAAUCAUAUUUGUUAUCAUGUUUGUCCUGUUCCAGCUAGUCUUCUGGAGUGUGGGACUAGCACAGGACUUCUCAGAGAAAGAUGUUGUAAAGCUCACUCAAAAGGCUGAGUAUUAUGAGAGCAUGAUGCACUAGCUGCAUUAUAUAUUCAUAGCGGUGUUUAGGAUGCUUAAAUCCAGAGAUCCAGCACUGAACUUGUAGCACUAGCAUGUAAGGACUUAUGAAGUAUGACGAUCAACUAAUAAUAUGUAAUUAUCAGUAAUAAAUAUAUCUCUGCAAUCCAAUA